AUGGCGGCUGCGAGACCGGCCCUCACAGACUCGCUCUCGUUUUGCCUCGCGCAGCUCGCGGCGGCGGCCGGGGAGGGGCCAGGUGGGGGAAAGGACCCAGCUACCAACGAGACACCCCUGGGCCGCGCGCUCUUAGCUCUUCGCACGCGCCACAUCAAGGCAGCAGAGGGAAUUGAGCGCUUCCGGGCACGCGGCGGACUCCGCCCCCUUCUCGCCCUGCUCCGCCGAACGGCUGCUGCGGGCCCCGACCCGUCCCAAGCAGGCUCUGGCUCCGCCCCUUCGUCGCUUGCGUCAGCCGGUUCUCCUCCUGGCCCCGCCCCCGCCGCCGAGUCGUCGCUGACGCCUUCGUCGCCAGUGCGCCUGCGCAAGACGCUAGAUUUGGCGCUCAGCAUUCUAGCCAACUGCUGCACGGAAGGGGCGUGCCGGGCCGAAGUGCGUAGACUUGGAGGCAUUCUCUCUCUGGUGACCAUUCUUCAGUGUGUGAAGACAGACAGCAUCCAGAACCGAACAGCCCGUGCUCUGGGAAACUUAGCCAUGGAGCCUGAGAGCUGCGGAGAUAUCCACUCUGCUGGUGCUGUUCCCUUUCUUGUUGAGAGCCUGACAGCCUGCCAGGACUCACAGUGCCUACAGAGUAUAGUCCGUGCCCUCCGCAACUUGGCAGACUCACCUCAGCACCGCCUAGCUCUGGCACAGCAGGGAGCAGUGCGGCCACUGGCCGAGCUCCUGGCGACUGCCCCAGACCCUGCACUGACCUCGGCCCUAGUCCGUGCUCUGUUGGAACUCAGCCGAGGCUGCUCCCGGGCCUGUGCUGAGCAGCUAAGUCUGGGAGGGGGACUAGGCCCCCUUGUCAGCCUGGCCUCUCACCCAAAACGGGCAAUUCGUGAGGCAGCCAUCCUGAUCCUUGCCAAUCUGUGUGCUCAGGGCCUGGUGCGGCCUGCCCUGGGCAAUGCUGGUGGUGUGGAGGUGCUACUGGGUGAACUUAGGAGGCGACGGGGUCCCAGUGGGACCAGCCCAGCUUCCCAGCAGCCCCUGGUACGGGCUGUGUGCCUAUUAUGCCGGGAAGCCAUCAACCGGGCCCGGCUUCGGGAUGCUGGUGGUUUGGAGCUGCUGAUGGGUCUGCUGCAGGACCCUGGUGCCAGUGCCUGGCAUCCACGUGUUGUGGCUGCUCUUGUAGGCUUCCUUUAUGAUACUGGGGCCUUGGGCAAGUUACAGGCUCUGGGACUUGUACCUCUUCUGGCCAGGCAGCUAUGUGGUAAAGCUGCUGAAGAGGAAGACGAAGGCAUAGAAGCUGCUUCUUGGGACUUCCCUGAGGAACGAACCUCUGGGCAGGCAGAGGCAGGAAGCUUUCGAAGCCUCAGGUUGUGGCUGAUUUCUGAGGGUUAUGCAGCAGGCCCUGGAGAUAUCUCCCCAGAUUGGUCUCCUGAGCGCUGUCCGAUGCCAGAGCCAUCUGAGUCAGUCAGUCCUACCCCUGGCCAGACCUCAAUGUCAACGCCCCACACACUGCGCAAAUUGGGCCGUGUCCCUGCUGCCACUCCUGAGGAGCCUUGGGGCCAAGAGGGGCCAGCUCUGUUGCUGCUGUCACGCUUCUCCCAGGCUUCUGACCCGAGUGGAGCUCUAGUGACUGGCCCAGCACUGUGCGGUCUGUUGGCCUAUGUGACGGGUGCACCAGGACCACCAAGCCCACGUGCACUGCGCAUCUUGGCCCGUCUCACCUGUAACCCUGCCUGCCUUGAGGCCUUUGUGCGCAGCUACGGCGCAGCGCUGCUGCGUGCCUGGCUCAUACUCGGUGUCUCACCAGAUGACUGGCCUGUGGCACGUGCCCGGCCUGCACACCGAAGCCAGCACCGAGAGCUGGGUGAGAUGCUGCUGCAGAACCUGACUGUUCAGGCUGAGUCCCCCUUUGGAGUAGGUGCCCUGACCCACCUGCUGCUCUCCGGGAGUCCUGAGGACCGAGUCGCCUGUGCACUGACCCUACCCUUCAUCUGCCGGAAGCCCAUUCUGUGGCGCCGCUUACUUCUGGAUCAGGGUGGCCUCCGCCUCCUCCUCACAGCACUAACCCAGCCAGCUCCACACCCACUCUUCCUCUUCUUUGCGGCAGACUCCCUUUCCUGUCUCCAAGGCCUGGUGUCCCCCACUGUGAGCCCAGUCCUUUUCCCAGCCGUGCCCUUGGAGCUAGACUCGCCCUCCCCGUGCCUCUAUGCACCUCUGCUGGCUCCAGCCCCUGUCCCAGCUCCGGACCUGCACUUCAUUCUGGAUUCAGGCCUACAGCUCCCUGCUCAGCGGGCUGCUUCAGCUACUGCCUCCCCUUUCUUCCGGGCCCUGCUAUCCGGCAGCUUUGCUGAAGCGCAGAUGGAUUUGGUGCCACUUCGAGGCCUGUCCCCCAGUGCUGCGUGGCCUGUCCUACACCAUUUGCAUGGCUGCCGGGGCUGUGGGGCUGCUCUGGGACCCAUACCCCCACCUGGCCAGCCCCUGCUGGGCUCCAAGGCUGAGGAGGCACUGGAGGCUGCUGGCCGAUUUUUGCUACCUGCUCUGGAGGAGGAGCUAGAAGAGGCUGUUGGCCACAUCCACUUGGGUCCCCGGGGUGGCCCCGAGUCGGUGGGUGAGGUGUUCCGCCUAGGGCGGCCCCGGCUGGCUGCCCACUGUGCACGCUGGACACUGGAGCCAGGGCAGUGCCCAAGAAAACGGGCCCUGGCCCUUAUGGGGCUUGUGGAAGCAGUAGGCGAGGAGGCAGGGCCCCUCACUGAGGCUUUGCUGGCUGUGAUAAUGGGGAUUGAGUCCUAGUGCAGAUGCCCUAGGCUAACCUAUUAGCGUCCCUGGGAGAGGACCCAGGGAUGAGUCGGCGGUAAAGGAGGCUUCUCUCAGCAUGGCAUGAAAGGAGACUGCAGAAGGAGCUAUCCUCAGGGACUGAAGAGAAAACGGAACUGGAUCCCAGGACGAAGAUCUGAAGAUCCAUGACUCAAAGGCCAACACCAGAGCCUGUGCAAGGAGCCCAAGAGGGCAGCUCAGGCUGCAGGGUCUGGUCUGGCCCAGCCCUAUGGUGUUGAAAAUAAAAGUCAGAUUUGCACAA